CAGUCGCGAGAACAAUUUUUAAUUCACACGAACAAGGUUGAAAUAUGGUGGAUAGGUGGAAUAACGUAUCGUCAAAGAUUUCAUCGGCUACGCUUUUUUGUUUCUUAAAAGUAACCCGGACCGCGGAGAAGGUUAUUGUAGUCAAUUGCGUCCCGUGCGCUCAAGAGAGAGCGUAAUUUAUAACGCGAUGCAUAACAAUCGAAAAUAUUCCCCGACGCGGUUCAUCGAGUCACAGGUAACCGUGACUUUCGUUAAUAAAUCACCGAUACCGCAGAGGGCGAUAGCCACUAUGGUGGACACGGACGACUGUCCCGAAUGUCCACCGAGCAUCAAGAUGCGACACUCGAAAAGUAGGGUUGUGAAAGCCGUCAGGUGCCAUCCAUCGUCUCAACCCCUGAGCCUAGAGAGCCUUGAAGCGGCCUGGAGCGAAAAGAGACCCGAUCCUGUACUGGUCCCCUCGGAGAAGAAACCAGAACCGGAGUCAAACCCCGCGCCCCGUAGCAGGAAGAAAGGGUACAGGCCUCCGGAUGUGAGGACGAUAUUCUCGCCAAGCAAGAGAGACCCCCGGGUGAGGGAGGAGAAAGGCGAGGGGCACAUCUUCACCCAAGGUGUGUCAGGCGCUUGGUGCGACGUCUGCUGCCAAUACAUCCUCCACGACGGUCUAAUUUGCACAGGUUGUAAGUACACAUGCCACCCUGCGUGCCGUGACCUUGUGACCUUGGACUGCCACCCCGGGGGUCCCUCAGCCGGCGACCCCCCUCACAGCCCCCUCAGCCAGGACCACCUCAACAACAACUCCCCCCUCACCGAUGUGGAGAAGGAGAAAGAGCUGCGGUCUCACCUCAGCAGGGAGGACAUCAAGCUCAGGAUCGACCAGUACAACGCCUCCACCACCGACCACCUCAAAAUGACCCUGAACCCCAGUGGUGUGUACACGGGCUUCAUCAAGGUGCAGCUGGAGCUGCGGAGGCCGGUGACGGUGCGAGGAGGGGCGGGGGGCGGGGCGGCGGGCGAGGAGGCCUUCUACCUGCCCCGGGGGUCCACCAACACCCUGCACAUCAGCUCCAACAACACCGUGCGACAGGUGAUCCAGGCACUGCUCAACAAGUUCACUGUAGCUGACAAUCCAGCCAAAUAUGCCCUGUACAAACGCUAUCGCAGAGAGGACCAGGUGUACGUGUGUAAGCUGGCGGAGGGGGAGCAGCCGUUGUUCCUGCGCCUGGUGGCAGGACCCGACACCGACACGCUGAGCUUCGUCCUCCGAGAGCAGCAGACAGGCGAAGUCAUGUGGGACGCGUUCUCCAUCCCCGAGUUGCGCAACUUCCUGCGGAUCCUGGAGAAGGAGGAGCAGGAGCAGGUGUCCACAAUCACACGUCGCUACGACAACUACAAACUCAGGCUGCAAGAGGCCUUGAGUGCCGUGGGGGGCCCGGUGUAACGACAGCACCGCCACCUAGAGGCCUGGUGGACCGACGGGUGGGGGGCCGCAGAAACACUGAAAGACCCCCCCUGGGGAGAGGGGGGGGGGGGUGCUGGGGACUUGGAGAAGAAAGGGGGGGACUCUGGUGGAAAGACAGAUGGAGAGAUGGACUGCUGGAGGGGUGUUAUACAGCCUCUCAGAUGGUACUGCCCUGGACGGUCACUAGAGGGCAGCAGCGAGCUGUCGCUCUCUUACUCCCUCACCCUGCCAGGCAGGAAGAAGACUGUGCCCACAUGGGGCAAACUCACCAAAGAAACUCGCUGUGUGCCAUAUUCACUCUGCUUUCUCUUACUUUCUCUCUUUCUUCUUGAUGUAUUUCAAUAUUUUAAUUUUAUUUUUUUCUCUUUUUUUGUUACCUUCCUAAAACAUGUGAUUGUCAUUUUGAGGCCAUAUGUCAAAUCGGAUCAUUCUGAAUUAUUAUUUCAGAAUUUUAUUUUAAUUUAAUUUGUUGCUGCGACGGUCUGUAAAUAUUUUCGUUUUGUUAAUUUAUGUGGGUAUAGCUGUAUCCUUUUCCCUAUGAACAUGGUCUUAUAUUUGAGUUUAAACCUAUUGAGGCGUCCCAGCAUAUAUAAUCACAUCCAUAAUCCACACAACAAGCCUUUUAUCCGGAGCUUCUCACAGAGGUUAAUACACACACACACACACACACACACACUACUAGCCUCACGCCAUUAGAGCUAGUCGGUAACACUGGCUCCAUCAUAGCAAUGGGAGAAGAACAGUUGAAGUUGAAUCAGACAUGUAGACGAGCAGAGCAGGAAGCAGGGACAUGGGGCUCUACAGGUCACAAGCGAUCCUUCUAGUCUGCCUGUAGCUAGCUGAACGCAUGGGUCCAGAUGUAGCAUAUUAUGCCGGAGAAAGGAUGUUGAGGAGUGGCAUGGAAACGUGAGGGUUAUCGGUCGAGGAGUGAGUGAGUGGUGGGUGAAGGCAGGGGGUGUCGCUGAUUCGGUGGGGCCGAGGGAGGGGGCGUCAUUGGACGGGGACGGUUCCGGCGUCGGCCAAUGACGGCGGGAGCGCGCGGACGAGACCACCCCGCCGUGGACGACCCCCCUCGCCUCAACAGGCAGAGCCGAGCCCCACAGGCGGGGGAGGGCGCGGUGCAGUGCCGCGAGUGCAGAAACGGUCUUCAGGAAGUGGAUGAGGUGGCGUAGAGGAAGUCGAAAAGAAACUGACGGAAAGAGGAAGUGGGAGAAACGAAAACGCAUCUGAAAAAAGAAGACGAGGGUUUCCAUCGAUGUGAAGCCAGGGCAGUGUUCAGGCAGACAGGGCUGUCGGGCCCAGAUAGCAUGGAGUCAAUACGGCCACGUUUGUUUAGGCUCCUCCGCUGGUAUCGUACAGGGGAUGGCCGUUGACCCAUAUCUGCGUAGCCUUGGCCAAUGCUUCAGAAAGAAAAGCCUUAAAUAGGAGCUCGUGACCUCCGGGUGAACCGAUUUCCCUCACGUGGGUCGCACCCCGGGGGGAGGGGCAGUUCUAAGGGGGACUGUAGGUGUGUACAGGAGUUUCACAUGUCGUAGGCUAGACAUGCAGGCUGUACCCGGGCACAGUGCCUGGGCGCUCUUACAGGCUGGCUCUCGUGGAGGGUUUGUGAGCGUCUGUACCUAGUUAGAGGUUCCAACCCAACGAUGAGUGCUUGUUGUUGCUUCACGGAGCUGAAAGGUCUAUGAGUUGGUCAUGAGCGUCCUAAAUGAGAGUCCUGCAGAACUCGGUAGUUGACCCGGUAUUCCUUCAAUGUCUGUUUCUCUCCGAGUCUCAUGUCUCAGUGUCAGCUUGGGCUGUUCCCGUUUCAAUACUCCAUACAGACAGUUAGUGUUAUGUUAGGACCUUCAGCAGGUAAGACCAUUGUAACUAAACGGCCCAGCGUUUACAAUACGGAACCUCCUGACCGUAUCAAACACAUAAUCAUGCAGAUAAAGAGUUGUAAUCCGGUUUCAAGCCUCAGCAUAUUCCUGCGUGUACUAUAUGACGUAUUCUCUGAUGGUACUGCAAUGUUUCUACGCGUUUUCUCUGUCCGGUAGUCUAGUUAUAGUCGUAUAGUUAUGUCGCCAUCCAGUGGACAGCCACUGUCACCACACGCUUGUCUUGAGCUGUGUCGGAACCCUGGAUGGAAGUGUGUUGAGUACAUGUUGCUUCUUUGAUUUUGGAGGCCUAUUAUAACCAAAGAAGUUUUAAAAUGCAUAGAAUAUUCUAGACAUUGCCUGGUGCAAGCUAUUAGAUGCCUCGCCACACAGAGGGAAAAUUAUACUUAGAUUUAUUUUUAUUUAAUGGGGUUUACAACCCACACUUAAUUUUACUUUCAAACACUGGGUAUUGGUAUAAUUUAAGGUGGUCUGUUAUUAGUUUGUUCUGUGCAGGCAGGCACAUACACAUAUGUAUGUGUGUAUAUAUAUCCUGAAGAAGCCAUCAUUUGAAUUGAAAAUCAGCUAAACAACAUUGCUACCAAGCACAGACAAGUAUUACAAGGCAGACACCACUGUCCCAUUAUUACCUAGUUAGCGAGUGAUUCUGGAUAGUGUCAGGGCCUUAAAUCAGAACAGUUAUUGAGACUAAGCUUUUCGGGCACUUUACAUUCUCGUUCAGGGAUUUUCUUUUUUCUUUUCUCUUCUCAUAUUUGAUCAGAUGCCUGCAUCUUCCACCACAGUUUGAUGCAAUGUUUUUAUAACUCUUAUUUCUCAUUGGAACUGGUCGCCGUAUGAAUGGCUUAUAUUUUGGGGAAGAUUUUGUAUUGGUUUUCUUAAACUCUUGUGAUGUAUGGCUACACUAGCUCAUGGUUUGAUUCGUCGUGCAACUUUAGACUGUGAAAGUUCAGUUUGUAUCUAAAAAUUGUAGCAUGUUUUGAGUGACAGUGCUAUCUGGGUCGUUCAUUUGGGCCUUAAUGUAGGUUGUAUGUGCAAACUGCCAUGUGAAACCCAUUCAUGUAUGUGGCAGUUUUCCAACCAAAGGCCAGUACUGUUGAAAAUAGACAGGACAGAUCAUUAUAGAUCCACAUAAACCAGAUAUAUGUAACUCUUGUUUGCCAAAGAUCUCUGGCUCUCCUGUUCCUGUUGCUAUGCUACUGUACUGGAGAUUCUAGAAUAGAAA